GGCAGUAAUUUCCAUUUAAUUCAGUCUCAGUGAAAUUUAAUGAAUCCUCAUUUUAUUGUGGGACCCCCUGGAGCCACCGCAUUGACCCCUGGAGGUCCCCACACCCCACUUUUGGAGAACCGCAUGUCUUUUAAUGCCUUUGGUUUGUUUCUGUGUGUGUAAACAGAUGCGCCCCCUGCAGGCCACCUUCCUCCACUGCUGCUCCUCCUCCUCCUCCUCCUCCUCCUCCUCCACCUCCUAUACACUCCGCUCUCUGACUCCACGGCUCCUCAUUCACUAGAAGAUGGCGGACUGCGCUCCACUAUUAGAUGAGGAACUCUCGUCCUUUGUCUUCAAUUACCUGACAGAAAACUCCGGCAGCCAGUAUGGGGAGGAGGAGGUGUGUUCGGACCGUUUGGACACUGACUUCCCGGACAUCGACCUCUCCCAGCUGGACACCAGCGACUUCGACAGCGUCAACUGUCUCAGCGAGUUACAGUGGUGCAACGACCAUUCGUCGGACGCGUCGCCGACCUCCAUCCACUACAGUACAACAGAUGAGCUCUUUGAGAUAGAAGAGGAGAACGCGGCUCUGCUCGCCGCUCUGACCGACAGUUUGGAUGGCAUGGUGGAUGCCGAGGUGGGCGGGCUCUCCGUCUUCCCCGCCCUCGGGGAGGAACCUGACCAGGAAGAGGAAGAAGAGGACAAUCUUCCUCUCAGCGCCGAGGACUUCAGCCAGUCCCUGGGGGCCGAGACAGAGGAUCCAUCUCUACUGAUGAAGCUGCUGCUGACUCCUCCCAACGUGCCCGCAGGCGCCGACGCACACAAAGAUAGAGUCCACGGCCACCGUUUUAGCAACAGAAGCCUACACCUACGGCCGGUCAGACCUCUUGUCAAGAGUGACCUCCGUCAGGAACGGAAGCCCCGAGCGGUGCGUCCGGCGGGCCGCCUGUGCACCGAGCUCCACCGCCACCUCACCACUGCCCGGGACUCCGAGGACGCCCCGGCCCCCGACACGGAGGAGGACGAAGAGGAGGACGAGGACGAGGACAGUGAGUCGGAGGAAGAUGAAGAAGAGGAAGGGGAGGAAGAGGAGGAGGAGUCUUCCAGCAGCGAGGUGGAGGGUGUGGCAGUCGUGGCCGCUGUCCCCGCUGAGCCACCGAAGCCUCAGUUCAGCUCAGAGAAAGAACUGCAGUCGGUGGUGGAGCUGAUCACGUACAUGCACACCUACUGCCUGCCCACACGCAAGCAGCAGGGCUGGGAGCGUAAGGACCGUGACGUCCCGAGGCCUCGGGCCAGACCCGAGGCCUCCCGCCUGGCCGCCACAAACUCUCACAGCAGAGUUGUCUUGGUGGCUUCUCCCGGGACUAGUGGGGGCUCAACUGGGACAGGCAUAUGUGCCCCCAGGAGAGUCCCAUUUGCAAAGCGAAGGGAGAUGAAGGCCAACUCCCUUCUCCGUGAGCUCCUGCAGCAGAGCAGCUCUUACGAUGUGAGCAAGCCUUACAGACUGCACAGCCCUCCUUACUCCCACUCACACAGCCCCAACAGAGUGGGAGUAACUGCUUCUUCUGCCCUGGCGAAAUCAGCCCCAUUCUUCUCCCCCAGCUCCACCACCACCACCCCUAAGCUAGAGCUUCGUAAAGACUCUUCCUCCCCAGAGAGGAGGAGAAGCUGCUCCUCUGAGGCGCUUCAAAGCCCAGAGGAGAUGGCAGAGGACGGCGGCUCCUUCUCGGUUCGGCGCUCCCGACGCCUGGCCUCCUUUCCCAGCCGCUUCGCCAAGAGGCUGCGGCCUGGACGGGCGAGGGAAGGAGAGGGGAAGGAGGAGAGGGAGGAUGGACGAACGGGGGUCAAACUCCUGCCCACCCAAGCAGGAGGCAGGACGACGACGACGGAGAAGCAGCCGGAGCAGCUAACGCCGGGCGACGGCAGCGCCGGUACAACGGAGCCGACCAAACCCUGCUGCCACAACGAAAAGCGAGCCUGCCUCUGCCUGCCUCUCAACUCCAAGUCCACAGGAGAGUCCCGGUACAGCACCAAGCCUUUCGAGCAGACGCUCAGUGUGGAUCUGUGCGGAACGGCAGGUCUCACCCCUCCCACCACCCCGCCUCACAAACCAGUGGAGGAUGAGCUCUUCAAACCGGCAGAGGGAGGAAAGGGAGGUGAAGGAACAGGAGGUGGCAGCGAGUCUUCAAGCACCAACACCAGCGUUGCCACGAAGGGCUCGUCCUGGCUGAGCCGCGCCCACCACCAGCGGAAGCUUCCGGAGCAGACGGAGCUGUAUGCCCAACUGAGGCGCAUGGGCCAGGCCGGCGACAGCGACACCCAUCGCACCUUCGGCGACCACGAUUACUGUGCGCUGAGCCUCGGGGAGAGCCGCAAGCGUAGCGCCGCCAUGCUCGGUGCCAUUUUGCGGGUGCAAGGAGGAGUAGCGCCCAAAGCAGCUGUUGAUCAGGAGACUAAUGGAAAUGGCAAGGAGAACGGGGAAAGGAUGGUGGUGUCAGAAAUCGCUGAACUGCUCGAGCAGCAGCGGACGACGACGACGGUGGUGAUAUCAUCCUCGCCGCCGUCACACUGCCAGUCGGCAGCUGCCACGCCACCCGUCUCGGAGGAAGAAGCGGAGCGCUCGUCCGCGUCUCGCUCACCCUCGCCCACCCUCCACCUGUGUCCCGACUCGCCCGCCAGCAAGACGGACUCCAGUGAGAACUCAGAGAUCUGUCCCGACGACAAGCAGAGGAACAAAGCCAAGUCUGACGAGGACAACUGCCAGGUGUUUUACAUCCACAACCUGCCAACCAGCGUGACCCAGAACAUGCUGAGGAAACGCUUCCAGGUUUUCGGCAAACCCGAGGACUGCAAAGUCGUCAUCUGCAACGAGGAGCGCUGUGGGGUGAUAAAGAUCCGCCAGUCGGGGGUUCAAAAGCACUGGAGAGAACGGGAAACUGUUUUCCAGAAUGGACCUGCGGGUCUAAGGAGGCUGUCGAGGAAACGCUACAUAGAUCUUGAUGAGGCAGGCCCGGGCCCUGUCAAGAGCAAGUAUGAUGCACUGGACUUUGACACUCUGCUGAAGGAGGCCCAGAAGUCCCUGCACCGCUGACAGCACGGCACCCCUGACUGGCCAGCCUUAGUAAACUGCAGCAACACCCCUCCGACUACACGGCUCUGCCCUCAGACAGGCCUCUUUAGUACCUCCAUGCAAGGCAACCUCGCAAAAUGUUUACAUUUUUACCAUUGGAAUAACGUAACGAUAAGGACCUCGUUGUUUUUUAAGUUUCGUUCACCGGAGGAUACUGCUUAAAAACGAGGAAGCCACUGGGAAUCCAGAGGAGUCAAGAGACAAACGAGGAAAUGGGACUUUUAACAGCAAUGGUAAAACAACUACAAACGACGAUACAGUUCUCUGCUGAACAACAAUAACAAAGCUGUCUGUGUUGGUGACAUCAUUGCCCGCCUUGGAAGAGCGGGCAUGAGAGACCUCUGUAGCAAAUCCUUGCUAUUCCUGCGUUGCGUUGGUCGUCGUGGUGUGUGUUUCUGCGUGUGCGUGUUCUUUGUUCCGUUUGUUUUGUAAAAAAAAAAGAAAAACCCCUCCCUCUUUCCGGUUACGGGUGGUGAACCUGCAAGCUGUGUUCGCCAUGAAGUUGUGCGGUUGUAUAACCAGAACAAAAAAAAAAAAUAACCCUGCUUUGUUUUAGCGAAAAAUUGUGGAUGUUAAGAAUUUUAAAAUCUAUUGUGUGUGUGUUAUGGACAAAGAAUAUAUAAAACAUUUAACGUAAUCAUUUGAUGACUGAUAAAGUUUACAAAUCUAAAAUGAAGAAGAAAAAAAAUCAUGUUUUUUCUUUUUUGUAAUUGUAGUGCUUCCUUGAUUUGAUCUAUGCACUGUAAGGAGGUAUAUGUCUCCGCUGUCCUCCACUUCCCCCCUUUUGACUCUAACUCUGCCAUGCUGACUAUUUUGGCUUCUGCUACUGGCUGCUGCAGGCUCCGUUUGGUAGGCGUUGUACACGUUAAGACCCCGAUUAAAUCCUGGGAAAAAUGUUACCUCAAAAUUGUUUCCAACCCUCGCGAACAUUUUGCCGAUAUUGUAGCUCGCUAGAGCCUCGAAUCACAGUUUGCCAUCUCAAAUGUAUGUUAUAUCUGGAUUCUGGCACCCAACAACACAGCAAGAUGACAUUUUUAGAUGUAUAACUUUAGCCCACUGCUAGUGUUAGUCUUUCCUUUGUUUUCUUCCUUUGGUCUAUUCGAAAAGCACUUAUCUUAAAAACAAGAUGCCCAUUGAGUUCGGCUGUUGUUGUUAAAAUGCCUGAAUUUAAAAAAGAUAUUUACAGUCUGAGUUAAAGCAAAUCCCAGGACUGGGCCUAAAGUUAGAAAUAAAGUAAGGAUUGUGUUAAAACAGGCGUUAUUGGCAAAAUUGGUUAUAAUAAAGCGUGUUUUUCGUGCUUCAUUAGUUGAUUCCAGGUACAUUUUUCCACAUCUAGAGGGGUCUUGAUGUAUCUUUGAUAGGGUCCCACUGAACAUGUGUCCAAUACAGGCUGCAGCCUAAUGACACCCCGCGAAUGCCACAGCCAAUGCAACACUAACUGUUUACAUUUGGACUGCAGCAAGCAGGACGAAAAUGGGGAAAUAAAGAUGGUAGCCAUAGACGCUUUUGUACCGCACUUAGUUCAUCCACAUCCGCACAUUGUCCAGAUCAUCCCAGUGCAAUUUUCUUUCACAUAAAGUCCCAUCAGUCAGGGCAGGGCAAAGUACUGCACAUGGAAUUCAACUAUUCCGAUUGUCCAGGUGACAUUAGUGCUUCACGUGGGGUUAGCUUGACGUUGGGUUUCAAAGGGCAACAAGACCAAUUUGCUCCCCAUAAUCCACCCAUGGAACAUUUCCAUUGCCAGAAGUAGACGAAUCUGUUGGUUCAGAUGGAAUGUAUUCAAGAAUCUGAAUGUAAUCAUUGCGUUUUCCCCAUUUCUGCUUGCCCAAAGAUUGUGGAGUUUGUUGGUGCUUCAAAAAGCUAGAGUUGCUUAGUCGUCCGGUUGACACAUUCUAGCUUGAAAGUGCAGUCCAGGUAGCGCCUAACUUACAUUCCUGACGCAGCCAGUAGCAGCCGCCGUGAAAAGGGAGAGAGCCUCCAAACCUGCCAAUACGGUGGCACCAAACCUACACAGCCAGGGGACGAGCUAGGGAUGGGCUUGAAAGUCACAAAAAGAACAAUCGGCCGAAAAUCUGGGUUCUCGUCCGGGAGGUACUGUAUCAGCUGAGCAUCUCUACCUCACAUCCAUCCCUGCUCCCCCCUGUGUCUUUAUUUCCUCGUUCCUCUGGAAGCUCUCCCCCAUCCUCUUUUAUAUGUCUCUCACUCUUUUGUUUUGUUGUCAGACAUGUUCUCUGUGUGAGGGUUUCCCCAACUGAUGGGCGGUUUUGGGUAGUUUUGGGGUUUGAUUUUUUAUACUUUGACUCCUCCUACCACUAAGCCCCUUUCAAGGGGAAUAAUCUCUCUCUUUCUCGAACUCUUUCCUUCGCUUGCCUCAACGUUUUUUUGGCGUGUCCGUUUCUUGGAGUCUCGACCGUGUGUCCUUGUGUAACUGAGUGUUUUGUCUUUGUCUCGUGUUUGAGUCGGACACUGCUGACGCUUGCAGGUCGACGAGGAGGGGCGGGGAGGGGUCGGACGGUUGGUUGGUUGGUCCUUGAGUGCGCUUGGAGGGUGAAGAAUCCCCUCAUUUUACUUGUUUUCUUCAGGGACUCGCCAUUCCUACAGAUGUCCCUCUUCCUCCUCUCCUUGCCCAGGAAUUUCAAUUAAAAACGCAGCCCGACUCUUUCUCUAACUCUAUCGCUUUCCGUCUCUCGUGGGUUCAAGGCCUUGUUUCCAGGUCUUCCCCAAAAACCCUGGUAAAACCCCCGCUUUUUAACAGAUAACCCCCUCUAUCCCCCGUCCUCUUCCUUGUCCUUUCUCUAUCUAAUCAACUCCUUGGUAACACACACAAAAAAUUGAAUGUUUACAUCACUCGAUUCUCCUUUGACUUUAUUAGGAACGCACACUUAGUACAAAGGCGCCUUAUUCAGUGUUUCAAAAAAAGAUUAACAGCAAGUGAAGUGGCCUAGCGUUACCUUCUCCAGGCUCACUGAUGUCCAAAUCUAACAAAACCAAUUUAGUGCUAUACAUACUGAUUGAAAGAGAAACAAGGUGUCGACUUUUAAAAAAAAAAAAGGAAAAUUUUUAACAACUAAUCGCAAACAACUGAAUGAGUAUUUGUGCUUAGUAUGUAUACUACUAAAAAGUGAGAGAAUGUGCUGGUUUACAUAUUAAAAAAAGAAAAUAUAUUAUAAUAUAUGACUAUAAAAUGUGUAUAUAGCACUAUGCCUCGUUGUAAACAUAAAAUGUAUUGUGUGUUUUUUUAAAAAAGUGGCGGGUCAUAGUUGAUAGCUAAUCAGACAGGAGAAGGUCAGGUCGGCUUAGUUUCAAUGAGUUAAUGUUUGUUCAGUACAGGGAGUAAAUUAAGGGAAAAAAUUAAGUUCAAAUGACUUCACUCAACUACUACACUGUUGUAAAAGAAAGACAAAAAACAUCCCUUUAGACUAUCACAAUAGAAGGUUCUAUUUCUUUGCCGUUUAUGAAAUGACUAAAUAUUUUUUAAUAUUUUCUUUUCUUACAAAGCAAUUUGAAAUGCAAUACAUAAUAAUCUUAUCUUUAAGACAGCCUUUCCGAAAAAAACUGAGGUAAUAAUGUACAGCGUAUGGUUGGUUGUUGAACUACAACGCGGGCAAUCUUUGCUACAGACUCAAUAGGCUACUGUACUGUAUCUAGACUGCUGUUAAACACAAAAAAAAUCAUAAAAACAAACCGGAAGAAUGUGGUUAGUUGCGUUGUAAAACACAUAACACGUAUACAAAAACGAAUCGUACCAAUAUACUCUUGCACAAAUAACGUCCCAAGUAGAGAAAUAUCUUCACCGUUUUUUCUUCUCAUUGAAAGGAAGCCAUUGUAACUACGUUAUUACCACCUUUUGAUGGUGCACAGGUUUGUUCAAAUCUGAGUUGCAUUGAACUCUUACUUGUAUUACAGUUACAGCCAAUAACUAUACAUGUAUGACUGGUGAAAGGAAUGUGGGAGGGAAAGGAGAAAAAAGCAAGUUGUGGCUGGUUUGACCCAGUUCAAGAUUCACACUAGUUGAUACAGAUGAGGUUGACACUGUAGAAAUCCCUGUUUCACUCUACUUCAACCUAAAAAGGAAGCAUUUGGAUUAAAUCAAUUACAAUCAAUUACAAGUUAUGGAAUGGUAUUUUGGUCCAACUAGCAGUGAAGGCUUUAGAGUUUUGUGUUUGCAAGAUACUAAAGCAGGAUAGAUGCUCAAUAAAGCAUGAAGGCAGUCUGAUUCGACAAAUUUGUAAAUGCCGCAUAAUGGGCCGUACACAUGCCGAGUCUAAAAACGCGUCUACAUUGAUAACAAUAUAUUUGAGCGCACAAAAGACGCGGCAUGUGUGCGACCCAUUAGACAGAAAAAAUUGUUUCAACUUGAGAGUAGUAGUAGAGAAAGAGUGGAAGUCAAGGGUGUAAAUGGGAGAAGAAAUUUGCCUUCAAACUUGUGGAAAUUUUUCAGAUUUUGGUGUUAUUGAUGAGCAAAGUGUUACCUUGAAAGGCUUUUAGUUAGCAAUAUUACAUGUUUGCUAACCUUUCCACAUAACAAAUAGCGUACGUGGCAAAGCUAGUUCUGGUUUGGCCUGUUGCUUUGUUAUCUUUGUGAAGGAAGAGCGUAGUUUCUACAUAUAAUCCAAAAAUUUGACUUCCACAUAUUUAGUGGUGGGAUUUCUACAGUGUCUGCCGCCGUGCCUGUGAGGGUGCCUCCAUUGUUCUAGAGGUGAAUGACAUUGAAACAACCCCAUUUUUCAUCAUGGCAAGCCUUAAAAAUCAAUCGGGGGGGAAACUAAGCUACCACUAGCUUUUUGUUAUUACUGUUUCAACUCCUUUCCAAUCCAACGUGGUUUAUUAUUAAAUAAUUACUGACGUAAUUAAAACUUUUUUCAAUAGCCAUAUUAUAAUAAAAAGGUAUAUACAUAUAUAUGAAUAUAUAUUUGUGUGUUUGUGUAGAUAUCUAGAUUAUUAUAUACUUUCUUAUAGAAAACUUUGAUGUUGACCAUUCUCCUCAGUGUUUUGAGAACACGUUGACACAUUUCAACAUAUAAUAAUACCGCUGUCCUCUCGGUCUAGGUGUUCUAGGUCGACGGACAACGAAUCCAAAAAAAAAAGUAAAAAAAAAAAAAAAACAUCCUUCCAAAGGGAAUUACCCUCGUCAGAAUGCAAUACCUUUCUUUCCAUUCUUCAUUUCAGAAAAAUGGAAAAUGGCAAGAAAAACCAUAAAACUUGAUAGGCGAGUUGACCAAAAAAAUAAAACUUCAACGGUAAAAGCGUGGCUCGCGAAAAAAGUGACAUUUUCGACAGCCGCGUCAGAUUCAGUUUUAUAGAUGUCAUGUUUCCAAUGCCAUGGCCCACUAAAAACAUUUCUUUGUUUUUAUGUCACUUACUGUUUUAGUUUCCUAAAAACAAUGUAUCUGUCAGCUAGCUACACCAUCAAAUUAGCUCCCUACCAGGACAGGAGUGCUUGCAAUACCGGCCUCAGAUUCCACUUCCAUGUUCGAACUACUAAAUGGUUGUGUCACAUUUCAACAUUAACAGUUGUACUGUACAAUACACAGAAGCUAAUGGGUAACCUGUCAAACUUGAUGGCAACAGUGAUGUCAAAUAGGCACUUAGUAGGGACUGCAAACUGUCAAAAUCUGCUAAAUGUGAGUGGGUGUUUUUUUGGUGGAAGAAAAUAUUUUGACAUAAAGGGCAUACAUUGUUUUUGUUGUUUUUCAUUACUAUUGAUUUUAUUGUCUAUUUACAUCUAAUGACUAUCAAAAUUCACAUAAAUGAUUUUUUUCUUUUUUAACUUAGUUUUUGGUAAAACAAAAAAGGUAAAUACUGCUAGUGAGAUUUUAUAUUUUUACAUAUGUUGGUUUUAUUUUGCGUUUCUUUUUUUAUUUAUACGCCACUUAGUUUGGAUGUCUUUAAAUGGUGUUUUUUUUUUUUCUCCGUUUUUUUGUGUGAUUUCAUAUGUCUUGAGAAUGUGGAGACAAAGGCAUUUCAGUAUUUUUGAAUUGUUAAAAUCUAGUUUCAUAGAAGCGGAAGUAUCUGAUGUUAUAAAUUAUAUUUUAAUUCAUGUAAAUAGUUUAAAACAGAAGACUACGGCUUCCUUUUAAACUGAAUACAUUUCUCUUCAGAGAUUGUUUACAUUAUGAAACUGUAGAGAUGUGCUCCUCAUAUACUGUAUAAAAGUACAUAUAUUCAUUGAUUUGCCUCCAAAAAAUAAAAUCCUAAUGAACAGCA